CGUCCUCCGGCUGCCGACAUGGGCGAGAGGCUGGAGCUGCGGCUGAAGUCGCCCGUGGGAGCCGAGCCCGCCGUGUACCCCUGGCCGCUGCCCGUCUACGACAAACACCACGAUGCUGCUCAUGAAAUCAUUGAGACAAUUCGGUGGGUCUGUGAAGAAAUCCCAGAUCUCAAGCUUGCCAUGGAAAACUAUGUUUUAAUUGACUAUGAUACAAAAAGCUUUGAGAGCAUGCAGAGACUGUGUGACAAGUACAACCGAGCCAUUGACAGCAUCCACCAGUUGUGGAAGGGGACCACACAGCCCAUGAAGCUGAACACCCGUCCCUCCAACGGGCUCCUGAGGCACAUCCUGCAGCAGGUCUACAACCACUCGGUCACUGACCCUGAGAAACUCAACAACUACGAGCCCUUCUCGCCCGAGGUCUACGGAGAAACCUCCUUCGACUUGGUGGCCCAAAUGAUCGAUGAGAUUAAAAUGACAGAGGAUGAUUUGUUCGUUGACUUGGGCAGUGGUGUGGGGCAGGUGGUGCUUCAGGUGGCUGCAGCCACAAACUGCAAACAUCACUAUGGAGUGGAGAAAGCUGAUAUUCCAGCCAAGUAUGCUGAGACGAUGGACAGAGAGUUCAGAAAAUGGAUGAAGUGGUACGGGAAGAAACAUGCAGAAUACACACUGGAAAGAGGUGACUUCCUCUCAGAAGAAUGGAGGGAGAGGAUUGCAAACACAAGUGUUAUUUUUGUGAAUAACUUUGCCUUCGGGCCCGAGGUGGAUCACCAGCUGAAGGAGCGCUUUGCCAACAUGAAGGAAGGUGGGAGAAUUGUGUCCUCAAAACCUUUUGCACCUCUAAAUUUUAGAAUUAACAGUCGAAACUUGAGUGAUAUUGGCACUAUCAUGAGGGUUGUGGAGCUGUCACCACUGAAGGGCUCUGUGUCCUGGACAGGGAAGCCAGUCUCCUACUACCUGCACACCAUUGACAGAACCAUACUUGAAAACUAUUUUUCUAGUCUCAAAAAUCCAAAACUCAGGGAGGAACAAGAGGCAGCUAGACGGCGUCAACAAAGAGAAAACAAAAGCAACACAACGACUCCAACGAAGGUCCAAGAAAACAAGGAUUCUGGUGCUGAAGAAGAAAAAGCUGCAGCAAAUUCUGUUAAAAAGCCAUCUCCCUCCAAGGCAAGGAAGAAGAAGCUGAGCAAGAAGGGCAGGAAAAUGGCAGGGAGGAAACGAGGGCGCCCCAAGAAAAUGAACACGGCGAGCACUGAGCGCAAGACCAAGAAGAACCAAACUGCACUAGAAAUUCUGCAUGCUCAGACUGUCUCCCAGACAUCUUCAUCCUCUCCUCAGGAUGCCUACAAGUCACCUCAUAGCCCAUUUUUCCAACUACCUCCUAAAGUGCAACGGCAUUCGUCCAACCAGCUCCUGGUGACACCCACCCCCCCUGCACUACAGAAGCUGCUAGACUCAUUUAAGAUCCAGUACAUGCAGUUCAUGGCGUACAUGAAAACUCCUCAGUACAAAGCAAGCCUGCAACAGUUACUGGAGCAGGAAAAGGAGAAGAAUGCUCAGCUGCUGGGGACAGCCCAGCAGUUGUUCACCCACUGCCAGGCCCAGAAGGAGGAAAUCAAACGCCUGUUCCAGCAGAAGCUCGAUGAGCUGGGAGUUAAAGCUCUGACAUACAACGACCUGAUCCAGGCUCAGAAGGAAAUCUCUGCUCACAACCAGCAGCUGAAAGAACAGACAAAACAGCUGGAGAAGGACAACAGUGAACUCAGGAACCAGAGCUUGCAGCUGCUGAAGGCUCGCUGUGAGGAACUGAAGCUGGAUUGGUCAACGCUGUCACUGGAGAACUUGCUGAAAGAGAAGCAGGCCUUGAAGAAUCAGAUUUCUGAGAAGCAAAAGCACUGUUUGGAACUGCAGAUCAGCAUUGUGGAACUCGAGAAGAGUCAGCGGCAGCAGGAGCUGCUGCAGCUCAAGUCCUACACCCCCUCAGAGGAGCCCCUGCCAGUGCAGCUGCACAGCAAAAGCCACCUAAGCCGUGACCCUGAGGCUGAGCAGGGCAGGUUCCAGCUGGAACUGGAGUGCUCCAAGUUCCCCAUGCCCCACAUGAAUGGCAUGAGCCCCGAGCUGUCCAUGAACGGCCACGCCACCCCCUACGAGCUGCAGCAUGCCUUCAGCCGGCCCUCGUCCAAGCAGAACACCCCCCAGUACCCCAACUCCCACCUGGACCAAGACAUUGUGCCCUGCACCCCCAACCACAGCAGCAGGCAGAAGGCAGACAAGGUGACCAGCCUGGCCCUCCCUGAUUACACCAGGUUCUCCCCUGCUAAAAUCGCCCUGCGCAGACACUUGAAUCAGGACCAUGGAGUCAAUGGAAAAGCCACAGCUAAUGAGAUCCAGAGAGCUGAGCAUGUCAAAGAGAAUGGCCUUACAUACCCAAGCCCUGGAAUUGCAAAUGGCAUCAAGCUGAGUCCUCAGGAAACUCGGCCCUCCUCCCCCGCGGCCUUACCCAGUGCAGGAGAGAAGGUUUUGAGAGAGAGAAGCUCUGUGAGUAAUGGAGAAACUAUCACCAGCCUCCCUAUCAGUAUUCCUCUGAGCACAGUGCAGCCCAAUAAACUCCCUGUUAGUAUCCCUCUGGCCAGCGUAGUCCUACCUAGCCGUGUUGAGAAGGUGAGAAGCACACCCAGCCCAGUUCACCAGAGCAGAGACUCAUCAACACUUGAAAAGCAGAUUGGUGCUAGUUCUCAUAAUGGCAUAAGCAAUGCUGCUGGAAACAAGCCUCUGGCUUUGGCUACCUCAGGUUUUUCUUACUCUUCUGGCUCCGUGGCAGUCAAUGGAAAUCUUACAAACAGCCCAGCCCAUCUUAACCAUAGUGUUGAUCAGGCAGCUCUGGACGACUCUGGGAGUCUCUUUAACUCUGUAGGGUCUCGGAGUUCCACUCCACAACAUCCUUUGCUAAUGAUGAGGAACUCUGGGCAGAACUCCCCUGCUCAGCAGCACUCGAGCCCCCGCUUAGGUGGCCCGGCCCAGAGCCUGGCAGGGGGACUGCAGAGUGCAGAGGCUCAGAAGAUCUUUGCCGAAGCAACAAAGGGGGACCCGCAGUGUGAUGCAGCCUUUUCAGAUGCCGAGAACGAGGCCAAGAGGAGAAUCAUCUUUACAAUCUCUCCUAAUACAGGACAUGUAAAACAAUCCCCUUGCAGCAAGCACAGCCCCGUGGCAGGCAGCUGCCAGGCCCACGGGCAGGACGGGAAGAAGCGGGGCCGGCGGAAGAGAUCGAACCCGGGCAGCGCCAGCGGCAACGGCGCCGUCUCCCCGAAACGCAAAGCGCUGCCCUCGCUGGCCGGGCUCUUCACACAGCCCUCGGGGUCACCCCUCAACAUCAACUCCAUGGUCAAUAACAUUAACCAGCCCUUAGAAAUAACAGCCAUUUCCUCUCCUGAAAACUCCCUGAAGAACUCUCCUGUUCCUUACCAGGACAAUGACCAGCCCCCAGUGCUGAAAAAAGAGAAGCCCCUGGUUCAGAGCAACGGUGUCCAUUACUCCCCCCUGACAUCGGAUGACGAGCAGGGCUCUGAGGAUGAGCACAAUAGCAGCAGAAUUGAGAGGAAAAUUGCAACAAUAUCAUUGGAAAGCAAAUCUCCACAGAAGACUGUUGAAAAUGGUGGCAGCAUAUCGGGGAGGAAACAAGCACAAAGCAACGAGAACAUGAACAGCAGCAAAUGGAAAUCGACUUUUUCACCGAUAUCUGACAUCAACCUGACCAAAACCACCGACAGCCCCUUGCAGGCCGUGUCAGCUCUGAGCCAGAACUCCCUGUUUGCCUUCAGGCCUCCCUCCGAGGACGGGCUGCCCAUGGACACCAAGGUGCCAGGACACCCCAGGAAGAGCCUGGCAGUGCCCUCGGACGGGCUGAGCCCUGGCACAAACCCCCCCAAUGGCUUCAGCUACAACGGGGGCCUGUCCUCCGAGCUGGGCCUGCACGGCUUCAUGGACGGCGCCGCUCUCCCUCACAAAGCUGGCGAUGGCUCCAACUGCUCCCUGGGCUUCCCCUCGCAGCGAGGCAAGGACCUGGGGGUGUCAGACACCAACCUGUUCCUGAACAAGAGGCAGCUGGAAGCUCUGGGCACCAAGGGAGAAGAGCUGAGCCGGCCGGGGGUGAAGGGCAAGGAGCUGGGCGAGCUGAGCGCCCGAGCCGGGGGGGCUGUGGAGAAAAACUCAGUGCAGCACAACGGGAAGGUCGGCAAGGGAAGGGACCGAGACGUGGAGUUUAAAAACGGCCACAACCUUUUCAUUUCUGCUGCUGUUUCGUCUGGUGGCCUUCUGAAUGGUAAAAGCCUUUCUACUGCUGUUUCCUCAGCAGGGAACCCAGCGCCGUCUGUCCCGACGCACCAUCCCUUCCUCAACACUCUGACCACUGGAUCACAGUUCCCCCUCGGCCCCAUGGCCUUGCAAGCAAACCUCAACUCGGUGACAAAUUCCUCAGUAUUGCAGUCCUUAUUUAAUUCAAUGCCAGCUGCUGCCAGUCUGGUCCACGUGUCAUCAGCUGCAACCAGACUGACUAAUUCUCACACUAUGGGGAACUUCUCUCCUGGGGUUACAGGUGGAACAGUUGGAGGUAUUUUUAACCAUGCGGUGCCUUCUGCCUCCUCUCCUCAUCAGUUUGGAGCCAGUUUCAGCAGCAGUGCUGUCUCUAGCAGCACCGUGCUAAGCUUAAACCCUCUGCAGGCUGUUGCCAGCACCUCAUCCUCAUCCUUCCCACCCUCUUCCUCUAAUUUAGUAACAUCUAGUGAGACUAGACCUGCUCAGCACCUCAACAGAGCUCCAGUGCAAUCUGUCUUCCACCCCCCUCCACCUCCUCCUAACGUGUCCUUGCCUCCCCCUCCUCCUUUACUCGCUUCUAACUCCGAGCCUGCUCUCCUGCAGAACCUGCCCUCCAUCCCUCCUGGCGAGACGUUCCUGCCCUCCUCCUCCUCCUCCUCCUCUUCCUCUGUCCAGUCUAACUCUUCUUUGUCUCUCAAACUGGCUUCUCUCCAGCACAAACCCUCCCGCCCCUCCUUUACCGUGCACCACCCGCCCCUGCCCCGCGUGCUCCCGCAGCCCAACGCCGCUGGCACGGCCGCUAUGUGGGUGACCCUUGGCAUGCAGCCUCCUUAUGCUUCGCACCUUUCGGGGGUUAAGCCACGAUAAAGAGCUUGCUUAGCUAACAGUUCUUGUUUUGUAAGGUAACUAGGAUUUCUACCUCAACCCCAAUGUGACCUAUGCAAGGACAACGUGGACCAACUUCACUCGGCUUCCACUGAAAGGUGCUCACCUGGCCUGUGCAGGGGUUCUACUCUUACUACUGGACAAAAUAAAAAACCAUAAAAAAAAAGACCUAAACAACAGAGCAAACAUUUACUGUGAAUCUGACUAAAAAAAAAGGAAAAAAAAAGGAAAAAAAGGCAAAAAAAAAAUAAGGCAAAAGAAAUGCUUAAAGCUCCAGUUUGUAUUGUUGAUAGUUUAGAUAAAGUAUUUAUCUUUUUUUUAAAGUGAAAACAAUUUUGACUUAUUUUAUUCACCUAGAUUCAUAAAUACAAGUUAUUAUUAUUAAAUUCUCUGAAUACUAAAGGACUGGCACACCAGCAGAGAUGUAAAAGAGCCUCCUCGGUGCUAUUUUGUCCGUCAGAACUGUGCCUCUGGUUUGAAUCCUUGGUGCUGAUUUCGGGGGGUUGACCAAUGCCAAACCCAGUUUUUAAAGGUCUGCAGAUUAUUUAUUCCCCUGCCUGUGUUCAUAUCCCAAACUCCUCUUGGUUGGCAGCAGGGCUGACAGAGGAAGGAAUUUGAGCCAGGCCGUUUUUACCUGGGUGGGUUUUAAUUGAGUUUGUGACUAACGAGGGCUCUGUGGAGCAGCCUGGGCAGGCACAGCUGGAGCAGGAGGAAUCCAAGUCCUGCCCCCAUCCCAGCUCCUUCCCUGGGCCAUCUAGUGGUGCUGGGGUCACUGUGAAUUUUGGUAGCUGGUCUGGUAAUGCUUUUUGGGGCUGGCCUUGGUGUUUGAGCAGGUUCUGGUGCUCUGGGAAGGUUGAACGUUGUGUUUGUGUCCUGCUGCAGGCUGCAGACUUUGCUCAGCUCGUUGUUCUUUCCUUCCAAGCACAACAGGUUUCCUUGGUAGGGAUUUGAUACUUGACAAGGUGCAUUUUGCUUUUGUGUUCCUUUGCUUUUCAGUAGGUUUUUGACUGGUAGUUCACAAAAACACCCUGAGCUGAGCCUGUGCUGUCCCUGUCCCCCUGCGUCGUGACCCGGUGCCGUGUGUGCAGGAAGGGCUGAUUUUAUAGAGCUGUGCUGAAAACUUCUGAGUUUUUAUGCUUUAUUUCCUUUGGUUUUAGUUUGUACAAUGCACAAUGAACCUGUAAAAAACUUAUUUAUUCAAGUGCACAAAGUGAGGAGGAGAAGGAGGAUCCAUUGAAGUAGAAGUCAGCCUGGUCUGAGUUCAGGCCGGGCCAAGCACCAAUUAACAAUAUCACAGUAGAAAGGGGAUUGCAACAGCAAAAUGGCUGGAAAAAAAAAUCACAUUCAGGCUUUGGAAAACACUUCCCUGGUGCUCAGAGGGGCAGCACUGGCUUUAAAUCCCCUCUAAUGAUCCCUGGUGGGUCUCUUACUGCAGCAUCAGGCACUGCAGGAGCCCCUUGGAGCCCCCCAGGGUCACAGAGCUGCUCUGGAUUUGGGGUCAGUGGGGUCCCUGUGCCCUCCUGGCUCUGGAUUUGGAGUCAGUGGGGUCCCUGUGCCCCCCUGGCUCUGGAUUUGGGGUCAGUGGGGUCCCUGUGCCCUCCUGGGCUCUGGAUUUGGGGUCAGUGGGGGUCCCUGUGCCCUCCUGGGCUCUGGAUUUGGGGUCAGUGGGGUCCCUGUGCCCUCCUGGGCUCUCGUGGUGCCCAGCAGGGUUGGGGGUGCUGGAGGGGCUCAGGGGCUGCAGCAGCUCCUCCCUCUGCAGGUUCAGCUCUGAGCCUCACCCUGGGCACUCUUGGGGAAGGUUUAGGACCAGGUUCAGUCUUAGGGAAGGUUUAGGACCAGGUUCAGUUGUCCUGUGGCUUCCUGGCUGUGUCUUCCAUGGCAGCCUCUGUGCAGCCUCUGGCUCUGGCUUUGCCUCCUUAUCCUCUGCCCUGGGAGUUGGGGGCACUUUGGAGUCUCUGCUUUGUGUCCUGCUGAGGGUCUGGCAGCUCGAGGAGAGCCUGGGGAAGGGCAGGAAUGCUCAGGGGGUGAGAGGAACAUCAGUAGCUUCUCGUAGGAGCCAAACACAGUGAAAGUCCUGGAAUCCAGGAGCACAGUAACCCAGGUGUUGUGCAGCUGGGAGUUGGGCAGCUCCAGCUUCUGCCCCAGCACCCAGCAGAGUGCUGAGGCCCCUGGAGACUGCAAAUGAGUGAUUGCUGGAGGGGCAGCAGCCUUAAUUAAUUUCCUAAUUCCCUCUCCCCCAUGGUUUAUAUCUCUGGUGAAAGAGAGAGAGGAGGAAAUUGAAGUGGAAGCUUUUCAGAUCCUUUCCUGCAGAGGGACCAGGAUUUGGUGUCCUUUGGAGCUCUUGUGCUUCCCUUCACCUCCAACCACAGAGAUCCUGGAAGAAAACUCAGCUGCCACCCCUGUCCUGGCUUGGGCAGUGCCCAGGGCACUGCCAGGAUUGUGUUGGAGGAGGAACCAGCCCAGAGAUCCCAUGGACAACAGGCCUGUGUCACCUGUGUCACCCGUGUCACCCUCCCUGCUUGCUGAGGAGGGACAGAUCCUUUGGGAAUGAGGUGCUCUACAUCAUCAGAGCUGUCAGAGCUCAGGGUGGCCUGGCCACUGUCCCCUCCCAGCUGGACUCACUGAUCUGACAGAUCUUUCCCAACCUGAACCAUUCUGUGAUUCCAGGAGCCUUUGGAGCCCUGGGUGAGGAGUUUGUCCCCUGCUCUUUGCUGGCUGCUGUGGGAAAGCAAAGCCUGGCUGUGCCUCAGUGUCACCUCUGUCACCCAGCGCAGGGCAGGCUCAGGAAUGGCAGCACAGCCCCUGGAGCUCAGCACAGCUGGCACUGAGCCUCUGCCACCCCCAGGAGCUUUGGCUCUGUGACUCUCCAGAUGUCACCCAGGAAGGGGAGCAGAGCCAGGAGUGAAUCUUUGGAGUUCCUGCAAAGGAUCCAGUCUGGCUGAGCCUCAUCUUCCCCCUGCCUGUGCUGGCAUCCUCCCCCAGUGCCCUCUGUGCCCACUCUGGGGGUUCUGGAGCUGCCCAGCCCUGCUGGUGUCCCCAGGCCCUGCCCUGUGGCUGUUCCUGGCUGUGAUUCCCAGGUUGUGCUUCCAGCUGGGCCCUGCUCAGCACUGAGGGGAGCCCAGGGGGCACUUUGGGGUUGGUGCCUGAGCUCUGGCUGAGCUGGGAGAUGUUCUUGCCAAGAGAUUCCUGGUUUUGUCUUCCCCCUCCCUGACCUUUCAUUGCUUUGCCAUGAUCUGGGGCAAGCUCUGCUUAAAAUCUUGGACUCACAGAACAUCCUGAGUUGGAAGAGACCUGGAGGCUCAUCAAGUCCAGCUCCUGGCCAGUCUCUCACUGCUCUGUCUGCACUUUGGGAAGAGCUCUCACCUGCCUGGAUCCAUGUGGCCACAGCUGUGACCCCACUGCUGCAACCCCGAGCCAGGAGCUGAAACCUGUUUGCAAUAAUUGAAGAUUUUUGGAGCAAUCAAAGCCAAACAGUUCCAACAAAGAGAAUUUCUCCUGCUGGGGCUGGGUCCAGUCCUUGUGGGGCUGUCACAAUUCCAGCUCCUCCAGGCCCCUGCUGCCAGCAAAGGACUCGCCAGGAGGCAAAAUCACAUCUUGGAGCAAAUCUGCUGCAAAAAACUGGAACUUCCUGAGUGCUGUGCUGAGGAAAACCUGUCCCUGCUGCUGAAUGUCAGCCUUGAGGAACAAGAAUUCUGUGGGCUCUUCCUUUCCUGGGCUUUUGCCACCUCAGGCUCUCCAGGCCCAGUCCCCUGGGAGCCCCAGUGCUGGGAGGGCUCCCAGGGCACUGCACCUAAAUUUGGGAUGUGCUGCAGAUGAGGAAUUCAGCAGCAAUUCUUCUGGGGACACCCAGCAGCUGGAAUUGCUGAGGGGAGACCUUGCUGAGGAUGGGGAGCUGGAUCUGAGCUGGUGCAGGGGACAAAGGGAGUGGAGCUGUCCCUCCAUCCCCUCCAGGCUUGGCACACACGGGGCUGUUCCCUGCAGGAUCAGUCUGGAGCAUCUUCACCUCCCUGCAGCUGUGGCUGCAAUGGGAGAGAGGAGGGAAAGCAGCUUUGGGGGAGUACAGCUCAUCCUCACUCUCCUGGCAUCUCCAGCUCCUUCUGAUCACCAGGAAUCUGUGUCUCCUCAACCACACAGAUCAGAAAUUCUUGUGCUUCCAUCUCUUUACCUUCCUUGCUGUUGGCAGCACUUCAUCUUCCAGUGCAGGCUCUGUGCUCCCUCUGCUCCUGGCUGGGCUCUGGGCUCAGCCUGGCACAAGAAAUGGAAUUUCCCCUCAUUGCUGGGAUCAAACUGAGCUUGGAGGGUCUGUCUGGGAUCAGUCCCUGAGGUCCAGGCAGGAAGGUGACAUCCCUUGCUCAUGAAUGGAUUUACUCAUCUCUUCUUGAAUCCAGAGAUUGCAAAUCCCCAGGACUGGUCACUCCUUAGAGUGAAACUCGCCCAGCUCUGGGUCACACUCAGUUCAGCUGAGUCACUUUCUCCUUUCUUGAGUCAAAUUUAAUCCUUGAGGAGUUGAUUUGAGCAAUUGCAGCCUGGGAGGGGAGAGGUUUCCAGUCUGCUCAGCUCUUCCAUCCCACCAGGGAACCUGUCCAAAUUAUUGCUGCAGGGCUGCUUGGGGCUGUGUCCCUGCCCUCACCCUGGGGACAGAUUUCCCUCUGACACGUCUGCUGGGGUCACUUCAGCCUUCUUUGGCUUCUUAAAUGACUUUAUUGGUGCUUUCCAAUCUUCCCAAACUGUUCUGAUUCUGUUCAGACACAUCUGGGAGGAGAUGGGUGAGAGCCUCACUGCAGCUCCUGCACCCUCACCCAUCUCUGGGUGCCACAGCUCAGGUGCUCCCCAGCACGGUGAAUUCACUGCCUGUGCUCACUGAUCCCAUCUCAGCCCAGCACCUGGAUCCUCCUGCUCUGCUGGGCUGCCCCUUCCAGGGCCUUUCCUGUGGCCAUGGGCAGGCAGCCCUGGUUUGGUUCUCUCUUGUUUGGUUCUCUCUGGGCUUUGGUUCUCUCUGGGCUUUGGUUCUUGCUGGGCUUUGGUUCUUGCUGGGGUUGUGUGUUCAGCAUCUGCCACCAUGGAUUUUUUUCCACUUGGAAGAGAGUCCAGGUGCCAGGGUGGUGCCAGGGGGUGGUGCCAGGGACAGUCCCAGUCCCAGCAGUGCAGAGCUGCUGGGGACACCCAGCCCUGGCUCAGGAAGGGGACAGGAGGGGACAGUCAGUGCUUCCAGCUCCUCUGGGUCCCUUCAGGGCCCUCUUUGGCAUUGGGGAUCUGCGCCCCCUGUGCCCCCUGUGCCCCCUGUGCCCAGGGGUGCUCUGGCUCCCCUGCCCUGCUCCAGCUCCUCCUGAUUGGACUCCCAGUGCUGGGAGCUGCUCUCAGGCUGUUGUUGAUGGGGAUCCCCUCCCUGCUCAGCCCUCCCUGGGCCUUUCCUGCCCCCCUGAGCCCUGGGGUCACCUGCAGGUCCUGGCUCAGGGUCCCUGUGCCCUGGAGCUGCCAUCCCCAGCUCUGGGGUUCUGUCACUGGUGCUGAGGUGGCUUUGCUUGGUCACAUCCUGUGUGACCCCUUUGAUUUUGGUGCUGGAAUUCUCCCUCUGCCCCAGGCCCUGGAAACCUGAGGGGUCUCUGUGGAUUUUGUCCUGGAUAACCCCACCCUGGAAUGAUCCCAACUCCCGUGGAAAAUUCUGAUUUUCUUGUUUUGCCUGAGCCCAAAGCACAGAGGGGAUUCAGGGCUGGGAGCAGGGGAGGGCCUUGGACAGGGCUGUGAACCCAAAAAGCUUUUGGGGAGCAGAAACUUCACAGUGUUUUUGUGAACUAUCUUUGCAGCACUGAGGAAAAAUCACAGGAAUUGGAGUUUUGGGAGUACAGAUGUGCAGUCAGUGUAUGAAUAUUUGAAAUCUUACUGGUUUUAAAGGUUUAUUUCCUUUUUUUUUUUUUUUUUUUUUGCUCCAUUUCCAUUUUCCGCUCCAUUUGCGGGUCAGGUUUUCACUAAAAGCUGUUUCAAAAUGUUGUUGUGCCAUAUUUUAUUUAUCCUUCUACAUUAUAAAUAUAUAAAUAUAUAUUUAGACUGAAUAUUGCAUUGAAAGAUGCUGUUAUUGGGAACUUCAGGGUUUAAACCCAAGACAAAAAAAAAAAAAAAUUGGGAAAUAAUUCUCCAGUGUUUUUACUGUUUGGGAUCCUCUUCCUGAAGAGGUUCCUUGAGUUCUUUAUGGUGUAAAAACAAACUCUCAUCUGAAAAUUCCAAGUUUGACGAUGCUAACCCUGAAGUUCUCAGGUUUGUGAUCCUUUGGCUUUCUCAAGGUACAUCUGGUUGCUUUUCUGGUGCAGUCAAAUAAUAUUUUUAAAAAGGUUUUGUCUCUGGAGUUAUUGAGGAAAAGGUGGAAUGGGUUGAUCCAUCCUGCUUGGCUUUUUAACCUAUUAAUCUUUGAAGUGAUCGAUUUCCAAUUAAAACCCAACUUUUUAGGUCUCUGUUCUACUUAAACUUCUUAGGAGUGAGAGCCUGCCCUCGCUGAGUGGGACUUGGAUGGGGAAAGCAGUAGAUGAUGAGGUUGCUGUUGCUCAGGAAUUGAUUAGUAAACUUUUAACUACUAAUAAAAAUCCAUUUUUCAAUGGAUUUUUAGAAAAACCCAUUUUCUUAGGACAGUGAUAUGGGAUGUUUCCUAGUGAAUAGGAAUUAGUUUAUAUAGUUUAGCCUAUUAAACUGAAUUAUUUAAAAUUCAAACUUCCCCUAAUUUAUCUUUUUUUUUUGGGUUUUUUUUUUUUUUUUUUUUUGGUUGGUUUGUUUUUGGAAUUUAUUUUUUUUUUAUACUGGUAAGUUGUUCUGUCAUUCCUUUCAUUCCUGCCUAGCAGUAGUGUGAAUUCUGGUGUGUAUAUAUGUAUGUAUAAUAUAUAUAUUUCCACCCAGCCUUUCUAAUUCUCCACAAUGUAAGAGUUAGUUUUUGCUCCCCUCCCUCCACUUAAUUUCUUGUGUCUCCCUUGAUUUGUAAUUGAAAUGAUGCUUUGAAGUUUUGUCUUUAUAUUAAAGUGUCUGUAUUUUAAUACACCGA